AUAUAAGCAAUCAUACCUGUCUGUCAUCCGCUGUGGACUUCUCCCUCGCAAAGAAUCAUCAUAAAUUUCUUGAGUAAAGCUUUCAUGAUUACUGAAUCUCCUUGUUGUUAAUUAGGUAAUUAUUAUAGAGGAUUCAUUUCUCCACAUAAUAGCAAUCCUUGUGUUGCGCCACGCAAACCUGCAAAACCACAACUGCUCCAAUUUCGCAUCUUUUCAACUAUACUCCAAAUUCACUUUUUUCCUUCACUCUCACACUUCCUACAUCAUAAAAAUCACUUUCUGUUAUUGACUUUUUUGCAUCAUACUUCUCUCCUUGUUAGUCCGAGAUAGGUUGAUUUUUUUUUGCUGUUGGUUGGCCCUAUUUCCGCCCACUUAUCCUCUCUUAAUCAUUCAACAAUCUCAAAGUGAGAGGAAAUUAAGAACUUGAUGAAAUUGAGAUGAGUGUGAGGCAAAAGAGUGGGAUAGGUAGAAGCAGUGAUGUUGUGGUGGUGGUUGUUAGGGCUGCUAAGGAAAUUUCCACAACUGCUUUAACCUGGGCUUUGAAAAAUGUAGUGCACCCAGGGGAUUGUGUUAGGCUGCUCGUCGUCGUUCCAAUUCAGACCUCAAGUAAAAGGCUAUGGGGAUUUCCAAAUUUCCAUAGUGAUUGCGCCACCGGAUAUUGGAGAUUCAUGUCAGGGAGCAUUGUAGAACAGAAGGAAUAUAUUACAGGUAUAUGCAGCCAGAUGAUGCACCAGCUACACCAUAUCUAUGAUCCUGAAAAGGUAACUGUGAAGAUGAAGGUUGUUUUUGAAUCCAAAGAUGGAAUGGUGGCUGCUGAGGCCAAGAGAACUCAAGCACAGUGGGUUGUAUUUGACAAGAAAAUGGAGAAAGAAGCUAGCUCUUGUACCGAGCAGCUCAACUGCAACGUUGUACUUGUUAAGAACUCAGAGACAAAGGUCCUUAGACUGAACCUGGUUGAGCCAAGAAGGUCGGAUUCUGAGAUGCUUAAGCAUUCAAAAUCAACUAAGAAACGUUUUAAGGUCCCAAACGUGACUCCAACGAGCAGCCCUGAGAGGCUCUCUUCAAUGUCAAGCCUGGACAAAUUUGCGUCUCAAUCAUUCAUGUCCGACAUUGAUUGGGAGCCAACGGUGAUGCAGGAUUCACCAUUAGUGCGGGGAGAGUGCUACUACUACUGUGAUGGAUCUGAUUCUGAAUCGGACAGCGACAACCUCAGCUCUGUCUCGACGAGCAUAGGUUCCCAGCCAUCCAUGGAAGACAACCUUAGCUCAGCUGAUGAAGGUGGGAAGCUCUUGAAAGUAUGUCUGCAAAGAUCCAGCUGCAACACAAUGAAUACAACGUCUGUAACGCGCCAACAUAGUGGCUCGAUGGAUGUGAAUCUUGAUGUGUGCAGGAAUGUGAGAGAGAUGAUAUCACUGCACAGAAAUGCACCUCCAGAUCCCCCUCCGCUUUGCUCUGUGUGUCGCCACAAGUCACCCUCCGUUGGGAAACCUCCUAGGCUGUUCACAUUCGCAGAGCUGGAACGAGCCACUGGGGGUUUUCAGCUGGCAAACUUUUUGGCUGAGGGCGGUUAUGGCCCAGUGCACCGCGGUGUGUUGCCUGAUGGCCAGGUUAUAGCUGUGAAACAGCAUAGAUUGGGUAGCAGUCAAGGCGACCGUGAGUUUUGCUCUGAGGUGCAGGCAUUGAGCUGUGCACAGCACCGGAAUGUUGUGAUGCUGAUCGGAUACUGUGUGGAUGAUGGGAGACGGCUCCUGGUUUACGAGUACAUCUGCGAUGGCUCUUUGGACUCACAUCUAUAUGGAAAGAAUCAAGUUCCACUUGAUUGGGAUGCACGUCAAAAAAUUGCAGUUGGAGCUGCUCGAGGGCUGAGAUACCUCCACGAGGAGUGUAGAGUUGGAUGCAUAGUCCAUCGCGAUUUGAGGCCAAACAACAUUCUGCUCACACAUGAUUUCGAGGCAUUAGUUGGAGAUUUUGGACUAGCAAGGCUGCAGGCGGCUGAUGGAGAUUCAGGUGCAGAGAGCAGAAUCAUCGGAACAUUUGGGUACAUAGCUCCAGAAUAUGCUCAGACUGGGCAAGUGAGUGAAAAAGCGGAUGUGUAUGCCUUUGGGGUGGUCUUGGUGGAGCUGCUCACGGGGCGGAAAGCUGUGGAUAUAUACCGGCCUAAGGGAGAGCAGUGCCUCACAGAAUGGGCACGUCCGUUGCUGGAAGAAAAUGGCCUCUCCAAACACAUGGAUCCGUGGUUGAACAAGUGCUACUCGGAGAGGGAGGUAGACGGGAUGCUGCAUUGCGCUUCACUGUGCUUGCAACGAGACCCUCACUUGAGGCCUCCUAUGUCUCAGCUACUUAGGUUGUUGGAAGGUGACAUUUCUAUGAGAUGAAUGAAAGCAUUUUAAUUGGAAUUAGGAUUUGGAGAAAGGAUUCACUUCGCAGACAGAAAAUAAGCUUAUUGUUAAAAUAGAUAAUGCUGGAUGUUGAAAGGCCAUUUCCCCUUAAUUUGAUUGGAAUCUGGUAAAUAGCUUUACAAUUUUUUAAUUAGAUUUCCAUUGGUGCUUCUUCGUGGGUUGUUAGUGUAGGAUUUAAUAUGUAAAUAGUAGUUGUCUAGAAAUGACGUUGCCGAGUGAUAUAUUUCCAUUUUUUAUUCAAUUAGAACUAAUAGUUUCCCUUUUCAUAAA